UUUUCUUGACUUUUCACUCGUGAAUGAAACGUUUUUAAACAUUUUAAAACGUUAUGUAGUGUACUACACAAUAAUAACUUUCGACAGUGUUUGUUUUUAGACGUUUGUGUCCGUAUCUUUGACCUGUCAAUCAAACAGUUUGGCCAGACUAGCAAGUUUGUUCACCUCCUGUAAACAUCGGAUAGAACUCAAGCUCUCCAAAACAGACCACACAUGACCUCUUGACCCGGUUGCUGGAGAGUGAGCAGGACCAUGGCGACGGCUGGAGAGGGCCAACUCCAAAGGAUUAUCAGAGAUCUGCAUGAUGCUGUGUCAGAUCUCACCAAAGAGUACAAAGAAAAUGGAGAGCCGAUCACAGACGACAGCACUAACCUGCAAAAGUUCUCCAACAAGCUAGAGUACCUGCUACAGUUUGACCAGAAAGAGAAGACCACGUUUCUGGGCAUGAGGAAGGAUUACUGGGACUACUUUAGCGACUGUCUGGCCAAAUUAAAAGGAGCCAACGAUGGCAUUCGCUUUGUCAAAUCCAUUCCCGAGCUAAAGACGUCACUGGGAAAAGGCCGAGCGUUUAUCCGCUACUCUCUGGUACACCAGCGGUUAGCCGACACCCUUCAGCAGUGCCUCAUGAACCAAAGGGUCACCAGUGACUGGUAUUAUUCCCGAAGUCCUUUUCUGAAGUCUCAUCUCAAUAUGGACAUUAUUAACUCUCUCUAUGAGCUCAACGAAGUCCAGUUUGAUGUGGCGUCCCGAGGUCACGACCUUGAUUCGGCCUGGCCCACUUUUGCAAGGAGGACUCUGGGCAUGACCAACUCUCCAAGCCACUUGUGGAAAGCACCAAGCCGCAGCUCCAGCAUUAACAGUCUGGCCAGCUCAUACUCUCAGGCCGCAGAGUUUCCCGGCAGUCCUGAGUUUGAACAUAGCUUGGUGAAUGAAUCUGCAGAGCUGUUGUCUGAUUCUGCCAUCACCACCAUGGACGAGCUUCGUCUGGAGCUGGAUCAGUCAGAGAUGAAACAACAAAAGCUUGUGGAGCAUGUUCAGCAGCUUGGCAGCGAGGCCACAGAGCUCCGUGAAGUGGUGGCUGAACUGCAGAAGCAGCUGGACAUUUCAUUAGCAGCUCAGUCUAACCACCAGGAGCUUCAGCUCAAGCUGGAGGUGCUGGCUGAGAGGGAACGGACUCUAGCCCAAGAUCUGGAGGUCCUGAAGGGACACGAGGCUGUUAAAGAGGCCGAAAAUCAGGAAAUUCAGGGAAAGUUAGCUGCUGCGGAAAGAAAGAAUGAGGAGUUGAUGGCUAAACUAGACGGGGUGCUUGAGGAAAAAGGGCAGAGGACGGCCAGCCAGUUUGACUCGGCACAAAAGAUCCAUGAACUCCUGGAUGGACUGAAGGAAGCAGAGAAAGGCAGGAUAGAAGCACUAGCACAGGGUGAAGAGAAAAGGAUGCAGGCUGAACGUCUGGCUGAGGAGCUUCGAAUGAAACAGCAAGCCCUGACGGAUGGAGAGACUAAAAUGGCCACUUUAACAGAGAAGGGUAUGAAGCUUAUGAAGCAGGCAGAACAACAACGUAAUGCCAUGGAUAAACUCCAGGAGGAGCUGUCAGUGAGGGAGAAGGAAGCAAGCAAUCUUCAGAAAGACCUACAAGACCUUCAGCGCUGUCUGGAAGUGAUGGAGCAACAGGCUGCGGAAGAGAAGAAAAGGGCAUUGGAGGAGAGAGGGGUGCUACAGAAAAAGUUGUGUUCUCUAAAAGAUAGCCUCGAAGGACAGGUGCGAAACCUAAAGGCACAACUCAGGGACAAAGAAACUGAACUUAUCUCCAGUGUGAAGAAGAUCCAGCAACUGGCGGCUGAAGCUGAGAAGACAGCAGGAGAAAAACGGAGUCUGAGUGGGAGUAUAGUAAAACUGGAGACAGGCAUCAAAGAUCAGACCAAGAAGAUUGAUGAAUACAAGGAACAGUGCACCAGUCUCACCGAGCUGAACAACAACCUCCUCCAGACAGUCAAGAAGAACGAGGAGACCAAGAAGGAGCUGAUGGAAAGCAAGGCUGUGUUAGAAAAUGAUCUGGCUGGGUUGAGGGCGUCUGAAAAACAGCUCAGAGGUCAACUUGAUGAUGCUAAAGUGACAGUGGAUGAGAGGGAACAGCGAAUGCGUGAGGAGAAUCGCAGCCUGGAUGAGAAGCUCCAAAAAGCAAUCAUGCAGGUCAAGGAGUUGGAAAGCAUAGUACUCAAACUGGAGCAGGAGAACACCGAUCUCAGGAAGGAGCAUUUAAAAAGUAAAGAUGCUCUCACAGCUGCACAGGCAGAACUACAUACAUUUACUGGUCAGAUCGAGGAGCUGAAGAGUAACCUUGGGGUGGCAAGAUGUAACGAGGCAAACCUAACUUUGCAGCUAAAGGAACAACACUCACAGUUAGAGGAUAGAGAGAGGCUUUGUGAAGAGCUUCAAGAAAGACUUGAUGAACUGGAAGCCCAGGAGGAAGAGCUGGAGACAGGAAAGGCAGAGGCUGAGCGAGCCUUGGAGAAGCAGAUGGAGCUGAUGGAAAGGUUGGAGGUCCAGAAGAAAGUGGUGGAAAAAGCUCAGAUGGAGAGGAGUGCCUGCCAUGCAAAGGAAGCCCAGGAGAUGGCCUCAAAAGUAGCACUACUGGAGGAGCAGCUGAGCCUGAACGUGAAAGAAGUGUCCAGGCUUCAGGAGGAAGUGGUGGACAUGAAGGCCAAACUGCUCUUUUCUGAAGAGGAGAAAGUAAAGAUCCAGACGAAGCUGGAAAUCACAGAGGCGUCAAGGUUAGAGCUGCAGACUUUGACUGAACAACUUAAAAAGCAAGCUGAGGAGGGGAACCGCAAUCACGUCAAUGAACUUUUACAGUCCAAGCAGCACAUGGAGGACAUAUCAUCUGAGCUAGAAUCAGAAAGAUCUUUGUUAGCUAAAAUAUCAGCUGAAGUCACUGCAGCUCAGGAGGACCUAGCUGUACUAAAGAGCCAGAAUGAACGACUGGUCAUGGAGAACGCAGAGGCCAGAGAAGGACUCCACCGAGCCAACACGGAGAUGGCUGAGCUGGGAAUGACCAUCUGCAAGCUGACGGCAGAACGGGAGGAAGCUGAAGUGCACUGGGCAGCUGAGAACACUCGGAUCCAUGAGCUGGAGCAGCAGAGUGAGCAUGAAGUGGAUCGUCUGAAUGCCAGCAUGGCGGUACUACGUCAGGAGAACGCCAGUCUGCGAGAGGAGCUCCAGCAAACGGAGAAGCUUCCAGAAACUGUCCUGGAGCUGAAGGAGAUGCUGGAUAAAUCUGAGAGCGAGCAAAAAGUGGCACGUGAGGAGACAGCAGCCAUAAGGUUUCAGAUGAGUACAGAGAAUAUGGCACACCAAAACCACAUGAAGAGCUUAAAUGAAGAGAUUGAGAGUUUAAAAAGGCAGAUGAAAUCUGCAAGCGAGAAAACGUCCAGCCUGAAGGUUAAAGUCUCCGAGUUAGAGGGGGUGAAUUCAGAGUGUGCUCGGCUGAUGGAGGAGAAAGAUUUGCACAUUACCAAGGUUGAGAGCCUGAUUCGCUGUGGAGAGGAUGAAAUGGAGCAGCUGAAGGAGAGGGUGACAUGUUCGCAGGAGGCUCUGGCACUCGUGCAGACGGAGCGAGAUGAGCUGAAGGAGAAGAUGGAGAAGGUUCUGUUUGAUGCUCAAGCUGAGCAAAUCAAAAUGGCUGCCGAGAUCGAAGACCUCGGCCACACCAAGACCACGCUGGAGGAGCGACUCAUCGAGCUCAUCAGAGAGAAGGACAUUCUGUGGCAGAAGUCUGAUGCUCUGGAGUUUGAGCAGAAGCAGAGGGCCGAGGAGCAGUGGUGGUUAGUGGACCGAGAGGCUACACGCUGUCUGAGCUGCAACAGCCAGUUCACAUGGUGGCUCCGUAAGCAUCACUGCAGGUUGUGUGGGCGGAUCUUCUGCUACUACUGCAGUAAUAACUUUGUGAAUACGAGGUUCGGGGGGAAGAAGGAGCGCUGUUGCAGAGAGUGUUACACACAGCACAGCGUCGUGGUGGAGAGAUUCACCCGCUCCGAAAUCAGCAGCCCUGCUCACACACCUGCAGCAGACACACACACGGCCAGUGCACCACCAUCUCCUCCUGCACCCCCGUACAUACCUACACCCAGAAUUACAGUGACUGAUCCGAAUGUGAAGCAGGACGAUGGAGUGUUCGAUAUAAUCACUGACGAGGAGGUAAAUGGACUGUACGACAGCGACACUUUCUCACAAACUACAGCAGAGUCACAGGAUGGAGAAGCCGAGAACCGGAACCCCCAAGACCCAGGUGUUUCUGGUGAUGCGGCGGUUGCUGAGGAACAGGAGGAAAUGCCCCCGGCUGUACAAGAUGCCGAAAUCCAUCUACUCAAAUCAGGAGAACUUGCCUCCUUGGUUUUGCUGCACAUCGAUGAGAUCCUGCAGUUUGGCGACGCCUCUCGCGAGCUCUUCGUCAAGUCCAGUUGCUAUAGCGUCAUCUCCGUCACCGUACCUGAGCACGGCUACACUGUCAGCUGGGUUUUCUCAUCCGAGCCAAAGAGCAUCUGCUUCAGUGUUGUCUAUAGAGAAUCUGUGAACACACCUGAGGAGCAGGCCCAGGUUCUGAUCCCUCUGACUCGGUGUAACGCACACAAGGAGACCAUUCAGGGCCAGCUUAAAGCCAGAAACCCUGGAGUCUACACACUCAUCUUUGACAACUCCUACUCCAGGUUCAUCUCGAAGAAAGUCAGCUACCGCUUGACCACUGAGAAACCCGUCAUCUAUGAUGGGAGUGACGGCCUGUAGACACGGUGGAUUUUUUUCAGCUGUCUUUUGUUUUAUGUUUAACCAUUUGAUGGUUUUAAAAUGGCACUAAUGGAAUGAGACGAAGUGUUCCUGAGCACUCGGAGGUAUUCACACUUCUGCUUUACGGCUGGGUUUGUUAUUACUGAUUUGUCUUCCUGGGAUAAAAUAAUGUCUUUCUUUCUUUGUUUUUAAUCAUGGCACUUUUUUUAAACAGCAUAUUAUAUUAGAUGUAAAAGCCAUACUACACACUCUACAUCAUCAAUUUGCUGCUAAUGGGAAUAUAUAUACAUAUAUUAGUGUGUCAAUAGGGGUGUUCACACGGCACAUAUUUGCAUCGAUGCUGCACCGAUGUAUUUUGUUGCGAUAUAUCUUACACCGGUGUAAAUUUUGUGGAGCGUUCACACGUCACAAACCUGCUUACUAGAGAGAAGCGUUUUAGCACCGGUGCAGCCCCACUGGCGUUCACACGGCAGUUUUUGCGACCGUGCUAUACGAUAGUAAUAAUGCGGAAAUGAAAUAUGUGCAUGCGUGAAAAUGUACUUCCUUUUCCCGGUUGUCGUGGCAUCACCAAGCGCCGGGAAAACAACGUGGAUGAAGACACGCAGUUCUAUUGUUGUUGAUAUUCGCCAUUUUGGAAGCGCAAAAUACCAGGAUGCAAAUUAUGCAAUGCCCGUAUGUAAUCAACUCUCCUGACGCGUAGCGAGUCUACCCCUGUAGCGUUCAGACGGCCCAUUUUAUAUCGGUGCUGCCCCGCAAACUAGCAUUUACUCCAGAGUAAAUUUCUUAAACCACCUCCCGAGCAGGGUUAGAUUUGCACUGGUUUAAGCAGCUUUCAGGGGCUACACCGGGAUAACUUUGUACCGUGUGAACGCUCUACCGGGGCAGCCCCGGUGCUACACCGGAGUAAAAGUUGCCGUGUGAACACCCCUUAUGUGUGUGUCAUGCCACGGGACUCUUGUGCCAGAUGCGCUGUUUACAGAAUUCGUAAAAACAGCAUUGAAAAGCUUGUAAUAUUUUGCACCGUUUUCGCUGGCUGAUCCAGUAACUACCAACAAAUAUUCACCUCAAUAGCACCCCUACAGGAUACAUUUACCACUUUUAAAGUGCAUGUCACGGGUAAAUUCAGGCGCAAGAUCAAUGUAAUUCUCCUAUUUUAUAUUAAACUUUGGUCAAAUAUCUGUAACAUUCUGCAUUCUCUGCAAUUUUUUUACCUUGUGCAAUACCAGAAAAAUUCAGUUGAAAUCAAGCCAUUUGAGGCGAAUUGGUCCGCCUCUGAAAAAACUUGGCGUUUGGAUUUCCCGGCAAACAUUGAUUUUCGUGACGUCGCGUGCGGGACGCCUCCCUCUGAAUCCUACGUCAGCGCUGGUUUGUUUAUGAGGAAACGACCUGGUGGUUUUCUGCAAAUUUCUUCAACGUUAUCGCGUAAUUAUUAAAAUGGUUAACAGAUGUAUCGUAGGAGGGUGUAGCAACACCAAUCUUGAUGGGAUUAGUACUCAUUGUUUCCCAAAAGACCGGACAAUGAGAGAGAAAUGGGAGCGCUUGGUCUACACAGGCUGUGCACUGAAACCGUGCAAAGCUCUCGCAGCCUGCUGGCGCUUCCGCAGGUAACGUCACGAAUCUGGCUCCAGACUCCCUUGGGAUUUUUCCAGACGUGUUUUGUUAUUUUAUUUUUUCUGCUGUAGACAGAUGGCCUUGUGCAAAAUUACCCUUCUGGAUGAGUGUGUAAAGGGACAUACUUUCAUAUAAAAAAAACACGAAAUUAGUCCAGAAUAUGCUCUUUAACAUCAUCCAUGACUGAGACAAGUAUACAGUAGAUCUUCCUUCUGCUAUAAAAAUCGCCGAAUGACAUUUUGAUUUGUAGUGAAAAUGCGUCGAUCAUGUGAGCGCAGUUUUUGCCCAACGUUCGCUUGGCAGCGCUAAGAGUUCACCACGUGUUUUCUUGACCGUCCGAGCAGCAUUUUGUGGUCUGCUGCUCAACAAAUCUGGGAAAUUUGCCAAUAAUCUAUAGCUGAGAUUAUCUCCUGAUGGAUUCACAUGUUUCUGUGUGAUCUGUAGUCAGUGCCUGGAAAAUGGACCAUUCUGGGUUGCGCGCCCAUGAUUUCAUGUCAGAUUUACAGUAACUCCCGUUGGUCAAACCAAUUUCACUUUGGUUUGUAUUUCCUGCCUACAGAGACCUGGUAGUUUAAUGCAGCAGGUAUAACUCAGAAUCCAUAAUCUGAGCAUCUGGUAUGAAAAUCUGGUAGACUGACACACACAUUUUAUAUAUGAGUGGUGCUUGAAAGUUUGUGAACCC